UUUUGUUUGUGCGUGUAUUUCUUUUUUAUAUCGAAGCGAUAGCCUAUUGGCCUUCAUUUUGGACGAUAAGACGUCUGUGUUUUAUUAAUACUAUAUCGGAAUUGUUAUGAAUUGUUUUAUUGUUGGCUUGCUUGCAAAGAAUAUUGUGACUUUUCUUGAUUUGUUUAAAAAUCCAAUUUUAUCAUCAAAAAUUUUGGAUCACAACAAAGGAAAAACCCAGAGCGUUAUAUGACUUAGAAAACAUAGAAGAAAUGUAAUUAAAAUGGAUUUAUUUAAGCGGUUAGGGCUGCUAAUAGUGUUUUCCAUAAUUACAAAUCAUUCCGCCUCUAGUCCAAGUUCUAUUCAUGCAACUUCAAUAACAAAGGAGAAGUACCAAAGGCAUGCUGACCAGAGCCUUCAUUCCACCCUUGUCAAUAUAGACGAUAGGUUAAGAACCAUAGAAAGCAUACACUAUAGUGUGAAAAGGCAUGAAAUCUCAUUAGACAGGAUUCUCAAUAAAGUUGAAUCGAUCGACUCCCGUUCAGUUAGAAUGCAAACAAUUUUGGAAAUGAAACUGGACGCAUUAAGUCAAGCAAUAAUCUCGACCGAGUUUAAGCAUGAAUGGCUCUUGAACCAGUUAAGAAAAUACGAAUCAAAUCAAGAAAGAUUGAGCUUAAAAAUGAACUCCCUCGAAGUAAAAUUGGAUGAUAUAACACAAAAAACACAGUUAAGUCAAGAAUCCUUCUUCAAUAAAAUUGAAGACAAACAAGACAAAAUUCAAUACAAAAUCAAUGAGUUAACAAUGAUAACCGGCAAUUUGAAACAACAGUCAAGCAGCAUUGAACAAUCUGUUAACAAAACAAAUGGUGAUGUCAUGAAGAGGUUGAAGGAAAUUGAACAGCAAGUCAAUAGAAACGAUGAAUUGGAAAAAUUGACGGUAAGCUUGAACGGAAUUCACAGCCACUUGAAUCAAUCAGAUUCACUUUGGACGCAAAACGACGGCCCUGGAAUUUCGAAAAAUGAAAAAAUGAUCGAUUAUAUCAAAGGGGAAAUAAAUGCAGAAGUUCAGAAACUUGGAAAUAAGAUACACAACAUGUACCAUGAAAUUUGGCAAAAGACUGAUAAUUUGGUCGGACAAAUCAAAGAUGGCUUUACUGAGACGAACCAGACACAGAAAAUCAUAGUCGAUGAUUUGAAAAACUUACUAGUGGAACAGAGGGAUAGUGAAAACUUCAUAGAUUUAAGUAUGGACAAAGUUCUAUCAGUGUUUCAUAAAAGGCUCAAUGACAUACAGAGAAAACUCGACAAUAACUUUCAAAACAUAGCAUCGGUGCAGUCUCUGUUUUUGGACUCUUGCCAAAGAAUACAAGACGAUGAAUCAGAUCUGGACACUAUGGUAACUGAAGUCUUGGAAAAAAUUCUCGAUUUGAUUAUAAACAGGACGUCGACGAUUGAGAAACAAUCAGUCGAACUGUUGGAAGGUGUGAAAUCUCACAAUAUUCAAAUAACACGUUUGGCGAAAGACACCAAAAAAAUGGUAAUGAAUUUAGCAGAGGGAAUAAGUCUAGAUCACAAAAAUUUGGAUGGCUCUAUUAUGGAUCUGGCAGAAAGAGCUGACAUGAUAACAACAGUAGUUCAGGAAAUGCAAGACCAAAUGUACGAGUGGAAUGAUACAAGCAGAAAAUCUCCAAAUCUACCACCUGCGAAAAAAUGUGUGAACUGUGACAAUUUCAUUUCAUACCCAAGUUUAGAUUUUUCUGAUAUGAGCGAUUCAAAAAACAAAGAGAAACAUAUUGAUGAUAUCCGUAAUCUUGACAAGGUGCAUUAUGGACAAGGAGUUGUGAAAGUCAUUACAGAAUUUGCCCAAGAGCCUAACAUCACUCGAGUUAACAGUUCGUCCGAUGUUUCAACUGGUUUCAAUGCGACAGUCGCUUCAAAAGAAAACAAUAAGAAAAACACCCCGUCAAAACAAGAUAAAAAUGAAAUAGAACCCAAAAUUCCAUCACACAAUGAAUCCAAUAAGACUAAACAGGAAAUCCCUGAAAUAACUGAAGAAGUCGCAACUCAACUCAUGCUCUCGUUCAUCAAAUUAAUUCGAGAAAAAAUACUGCUCAGGGAUUUUCUCAAUGAAAAACUAACUGGCCAAAGUUACCAAAGCAUAACUGACAUGAUUCAGCAUUUAAAACCGAUAAAAACCAUACCAAGAGAAUUCAUACGAGAGCUGGAUCAGUACGAUGAUAGGGUUAAAUUUGAUAAAAUUUAUUCGCAUAAUGCGGAACCGAUGAAUUAUGAUGAGGCGAUAACUUAUGAUGACGUUUAUUCAUAACAGGGUAUUAAAAAUUUCUUACUUUUUUAUUUUAUUUAUAUAAAAAAGUAAACUAGACUUUCAUCAUCAAUUACUUUAAAAAAUAUUUGUAAGGAUAAUUUUACACAACAUUUUCAAAGUAUUGUCUUUCAUAAAAAAAAAGUACAAAGAUAGUUUAUAUUAAAGUCAACCAUUUCAAACCAGGAGGCUAGGCAAUCAAAGCCUGAUUGUACAAAUAAUUCCAAUGACCAUACGGACAUGUUUAGUGUGUACGUGCAUGACUGUGUGUGUCAUUUGACAUAUAAUUUAAAAUAAGAAGCUAAUAUAAAACAGUUGUUUUAAUAAAUUUCUUUUUUAAAAAAUUA